AUGGCGAGCAAAGCGGCAGAGUGGGACCCGCUCCCAUUCAAAGAGAUUUUCACAUCUCAAUCAUUCCAGUUCCUGGUAGGGCCCGAGAAGCGCAAAUUCAUGCUCCACAAAGAGAUCCUUGCUCGCCUGUCCCCCGCGCUUGAUGCUCUUCUCAAUGGCAGCAUGAGAGAGGCGACCGAGGGCGUGGUCGAGUGGGAUGACCUCGACGAGGACACAUUCGUUCGCUUUGGACAAUACGCCUACACUGGAGAGUACGAUGCAGCCGAGCCAGAUAUCCUGCUGAACUGCGACGCUGUAGCGUCCAACGAAACCACCAGCGGUGCUACUCAGGACCAGCAAGCGCCUGCACAACCAAUCACAAUCUCCUCCGACGAUGAGAACGUAACGGAUGCCAUGUUCGUCGACGAAGACAACCACGACGAUUCUGAUCAUAGUGAAAGCGAUGGCCACAUCUCCGACGAUGAGAAUGCCUCCUUCAACCAGGACCACAGCGAGAGCGACAGUGACGAUAGCGAUGAUAGCGACUCGUCUUCCGACACUGACGGUCGAAAGCCACUGCUGUAUCCCCCGUACCAGGAACCGCCCAAACUCGCGGCAGCCUUCUCUUUCGAGGGCUUCAUCACGUGGGCUGACGCCAACUGUCCCGGAGAGUUUGAGUGUGAGAUGGCAAAGGAAGACAUACAACCUGCUCUACCAGUCUACAAGAAGAGGAAGCUCGAUGCAUACCUUGACCCCUCGGAGGACAAGCACGCUCUCGACUGCCCCAUGCAGACGAAGAAGUACAAGCUCAUGCACGAGUUCCGGAAGGCAUGCGAGGCGGUCUCGGGCGACGACACCAAAUUCAAGCCCCGCGAGAACAAGGAGCCCUACGAGAGCUACGACCGCGUCUUCAUGUCCCACGCCACGCUGUACGUCCUCGCCGACAAGUAUAGCAUACCGGCGCUGGGAAAGAAGACGCGCGCGCGACUGAUGAGGACCCUGUACCACUUCAAGGUGUUCGACGAGCGCAUCCCCGACAUCGUGGCGCUGGUCCGCUACUGCUACGCGAACACGACCUCCAGCGACCCCCUCCGGAAGGCCCUCACGCUAUACGUGUCGUGCAUUGUGGACGAUAUUGGAGACCAUCAGGAGUUCAGAGAUCUCUUAGUCGAGGUUGGCGAAUUCUCGGCGGACCUGGCGUUGGCCAUGAUGAAGCGCAUUGAUUAG